AUGUCUUCUUCCUUGGGUCAACUAGGCAGAAUACCCCCAGAGCUACGACUGAUUAUCUGGGAAUGGCUACUUUCAAGAGGAUCAGCAAGAUUCCUUGAAACCAGUCAAGAUUUAUACCAGGAGAUCUCCGACCGACUAUAUGAUACCUUUGAUAUUCACAUCUCUCCCCUAUGGGAAGCCCCAUGGGUUGAUAUCCGCUGCAAACGCCUCAGACUUCGCUGGCACGCAAAAGAAUCUGAUGACCCUAUGCUGAAGAAAUUCUCGAGUAUUCCAUAUAAAAAGACCAGAUUAGCUGUUCAUAUAUGGCCACCAGACCCGGACGACCCAGGACAGAUCAUCUUACUGUGGCAGAGGGUUCAGAGCAUCGUUGAGGUUUUUAACGCGUCCAAAUCACGCAAACGCAUAUCGAUCUACCUUCGAACCCACGAUAAACGGGAUUGGCAAAAGGACGGGAAAACGGUCGAGAGCAUUCCAUAUCCGCAUUUGCAAAAUCGCCGGCCAGAUUUCAACAUAGUCUUCCUACCAUUCUGUUGUUUAAGAAAUAUCAAGGCGUUGGAUGUUUACCCGGAUUCCAAGACAAUGGAUGAAGCAGCCGACUGGGGCUUGAUUAACUACGGGCGAGGAUAUAUUUUAAAUCAGGGGUAUAAUGACUGUGACCAUAGCCGUGAUCCUGCAUACCAAGAUCUUGUCCGUGUCUUUGAUAACAUCGAUGCUUUGAUUACCGACACAGACUUCUUUCUCGAUACGCAAAUGGAUACUCUUUCCGGACGCACAGCACCAAUGCUCCGACUGGCACGUUUUGCGAAAUGGUUUUAUCCAUCUGAUCCCAGUGUGUCAUCCUAUGAAAAGCGGCAUCUUCAGAUCAUCCGCGAAUACAAGGAUAUCAUAUCAAGACACGAUCCGUUGUUGGAAAAGACAUUACACCGACUUGAUGCGCUAGAUACUUUUCACGUGGGUGUAUGUGGCCCGAAUUGGCCGAAAAUGAGCGACCGACAGUAUAUCGACCUCUGGUACCAGACAUAUCCAAACGGCAUUCCCCGGCUAUUUAAACAGCAAUUGUUAGAAGAACAGCAGAAAGUAGGCCACGCAUCAUUUCCAUACCUAACUGUGAAUCGCCGUUUCUUCCGUGCUGCAAUAUCCCACCAUUUGGCGCGAAAUUGGGGAGCUUCUGCAAGGUGGAGGGAUCGACGAUUUGAGGCAAAGUGGUGUGCUGAUUGUCGUAACACUGGAUUUCGUGAUGGAUGUGACAGGUCCUGCGAGGCACUAGAUCCAUUGAAUCUAUCGUCUGGCGAUGGGAAUGACGACAACUCGGAAUGCCAUUUGGAGUGUUGCGAUCCUGAAUAUCCAUACCGGUAUCCGUAA